GGGUUUUUAAGAGAUGGAGAGCUCGUGGCAGAUGAAAUGUGAUUCGCCAUUUCAGCAAUCGGCAUCUGUGGCGGUUUCGUCUGCACCGUUGCAGGAGCCUAGGGGUCAGAUGGAGAUGAAUGCUGGCCAUUGUCUUUAUCCACGAGUUUCUCAUGGUUUAAGAUCAAAAUUUGUUGGAGGGAUGCAAGACCCUGUUUGCCCCAGCUUUCUUUAUUCAACCAAUCAAGGAUCAGUCCAUAACAAUGCUGGAAAUUCAUUUCUUCCUCUCCUUAAUGGUCCUCCAUCGUUGUUACAGGGUGGUUCCAAUGGGUUGUCCGAUCGAAAGCUUUGCACCUCAUCUGGUAAUUGUACUGCUGCUAGUGGGAAUUCUAUUGUUGAUUCUAUAGAAAGUGGAAACUUCCUAACAUCCAGUGGGGGGCUGAUAACAGAAAAUUUAGUGAUUCAUAACCUGCAAAGCUGGGCAGAUACUUUUCCUGAUAAUUCUUACAGGGAAAUGGUUGGUCCGAGUAGUGGUAGUAAUUUUGUAUUUCAUGAUAUUCAGAGUAGUAAUACUGCUGCCCAGCCCACAGUUCCUGGUGGCGAGAAGGCAAAGGAGCCUUUUUCUUCUAUGGGGCAAUGCUAUAGUACAAGCCUUGCAUCUAGUCUAAAUGUUUGCCGCUCAGAUAUUCAAACUACAUCAAAUAUGGCUUUGGAACAGUGCUCGUCUAAGCAUGCAACUCCUUUUAUGAGUGGGUGUCCUCGUGUGUUCUGCAUGGGGAAAAGUGGUCAUCUUCUUCUCAGCAAUACAGGGCUUCUUGGUAUUGUUUGCUCAUGCCAUUGUUGCCACAUGUCCGUCCUCAAGUUUUGUGAGCAUUCAGGGUUACAUGGUGUCAACCCAGGGGAUGCGGUUCGUAUGGAAAGUGGUGAGACCAUUGCGCAAUGGCAGAAGUUAUACUUCUUGAAGUUUGGGAUUAGGUCUCGGGGAAAUGAGAGUGAAUGGGACUGGCCCGACGUAUUAUCAGCAACAGGCAGUCUGCUGAAAUCCAACUCAUCUGCAUCUGAUAUGUCCAAGAGUGAUUUGUCUCAUAUUUUGAGUUCAUCUGCUGUUAUAUUAAGGUCUGGAAAGUCUUCUGACUGUGUUAUGUUUCCGAAGAAUACAGACCACAAUUUAUUUACUGGUCCAUCAUCCAGAAAACAACCGACAACAAUCCAAGAUGGUUGCAACAUUCCGUUCAAAGGUUGUACUGGUAUUUCACAAAGCAACUUGUAUGACCGGGUGAAAAGCCAAUUAAUGGAAUCUAAUCUGGCUAUGUACACAACUUCACCAAACUUUGUUGGAACUCAACUGGAUGAUGGUUGCCAGCCUAUGCCCCCUUUCCUUGAUUCUCUUAAAAGGAAUGGAAAUUUGUCAAUUGCCCACUCUCCUUCACAAACUCCAACAAGCCUUCUGAAAGACCUUGAAUGCAUAAAAAAGAAGAAUGCCAAGGAUGGUCUUGUAGGCAGAGAUGCAGCUUCCUCUAAUAUUGAGCUUAGGCUUGGUCAACCACCUCAGACAGGAAAUCCAGUUCCAUCAUUUAUAGAACCACCAGAGUUUACUGCCCUUGCCAGUCCUCCGAAAUUGCAACCUCUGAAGCAGAUGAUUAAUAACCUCAGCAGCGAGGAGGAAUUGCAGAAUAGUUUUAGCUAUGCUGCUGGUUCAUUCAAAAUGGUCGAAGAGCAACCUCAGCUUAAACCCAGGAACUAUAUGUCUGGUGUUAGUAAUGCUUCUGGUGCUGCUAGAGCUAGAUCAGAAACUGUCAAUGUGGCCAAGGGUUUAUCAUUUUCACCAUUUCCACAGUUUACUCCUCCACCCAAGGGAAAGACAAAAGCAAGUGAAAAUUUGGUGAAUGAUGGCGGGCCUAUCAUGCCCAAGAAACUGCAUUCUGAAUUUAGUACCAUGCAGUUUGGUCCUACUAAUGUUCUCUGGAAUAGUAAUGGUAACACAGGAAUGCAAUUGAAUUCGCCAGGCUCCAAUAAAUACGUGGACAAUCAUAAAGGCGUGACCUUUGCUAAAGAAUCUUGUGCCAAAACAAAUUCUGAAUUUGGUAUUGCUCAGUUAAUGGAAUAUCCAAGCGGCAUCCUGAGAGCUGUUGGUGGCAGUGAUAGCUGUAUUUCAGCUGUUAAUGGAAAGAUCUAUGAAUCACAUGAUGAACCAAGCUUGCCAUCAGAUACAUUUGUGGGUGCAAAAAAAGUGUCAUCUUUUGGACAAGACAAUCACGUGACUUCAGGGACAGCUAUUCCAUUUGAAGGAAUUUUGAGGGGUCUUCCCUAUCUUGUUUCAAGCUCUACAUUAAAUCAGACCCCUACUUUGGUGCAGCAGGGCAUUAAUAUGGAUACUAAUUUGCUUGAUGAAAAUAUGAGGUUGGUUGCAUUGACACAGAUACAGGAGUUAUCUAAGCAACAACAUGCAUUGCAUUCUCGUGAAAUGAAUCAAAAGCAAGGGAGAUUCAGCAAUAUUUCCAAAGUUCAGCACUAUAUACACGAGGCUUCAACAUCUGAACAGGGUACUUCUGAUGCAUCAUUGAAAUUGCCCCAAAAUAGAGGGACUUGUCGAAACCAUGAGAUUACUGAUGGAUUAGAGAAACUGGCUUCCCUCACAGGUUUGAACAGAUACUGUUGUCUCUCUGCCUUGGUGCCAAUACCUUUACAUUCUCAAGAAAAGGAAUCACAAUGUAAACAAUUCUAUGAUCUUCAAAGUGAAGAGCCAGCUUUGAGCCUUGGAAUAAACAAAGAUAAUAUCGGAUCAAGUGCUUGUGAAAAAUGCUAUGAGCAACCAUCAGAUAUACAUUUGGUAGGCAAAUACACUUGUGCGGCACGGGUAAACUGUUCAGGAAGCAAUUUUUUCUCAGGAAUUGGACCAUCUCACUAUACCUAUAAACAACAAUUUGCAAAUGCUAGUGGUAAGACUUCUUUGAAGGUAGCUUCAAAGUUUAGUAGAGAUCAGAAUGCUUCGAAAGUUGAAAAUGUCCACUUUGAGCAAGAUGGGAAGUUAAAUGGCCAAGACUCAGUCAAAAUAGGCUCCCAUACACCUCAAUGGAGAGAUGUGCCAAGUAAGGUCAGGAAAGCAGUUUCUGAUGCAGCAUCUUUGGAUCAGACAGCUACUGUUUUGGAUUGGGAAGGACAAGAUGGUGUUCAAAAUGGAACCAUUUCUGCUAAGCGCUUCAGAAGAACUAUCGAUAUGGAAGACUUGUUGAAAGAGCAAGAAAAUUCUAAUGUUUCUUCUGGAUGUUCUGCUCCUGUGGUUACUCAGGCAUCUGUGGAGGUCAACAAGGUUGAUUCUUGUAUUGUUGAUGAUGUAGACACUGGGUAUGUCAACAACCUUGUUGUUGAUGAGGGGUCAGGAAUUGAUAAAGGCUGGUCAUCUGAUAUUGUUGAAAGUGAAAGAAGUGCUGAGUUUCUGGGUUCGACAUGUGAGAGUUACUUGAAAAGAGGUAAUCUGAGUGUCUUAAAUGAUCAGCCAUGUUGUAAUCUCCUUGAUGACCUUAAAUUGUUAGAUUCUUUGACAUGGAAGAAAGGCUGGGAUCAAAAUCGUACUAUGCCUUCUGCUAAUUUAGCCAAUCAAUCUCAAAAAGUCAAGAAGGGCUUUAAAGGAAAAAAGCGAAAGAGAAAUGAGGUGAGGAUUCUAGAUGCUUCGUUGUCUUCUGGAAUUCCUUCGUUAUUGCAUAACAAGAAUGGUGAAAGUACUGAAGUUUUUAAUUCCCCUUCCAAUAUGUCCAAAGAAAUGCAACUUUGUUUUUCAUCCAGCCAGCAAAGAUCAUCUAUCAAGGCUUCUUUUGUUCAACCUAGUACCAAACAAAGACACUCAGCAUUUUCAUCCAAAUUUCUCUCUGGUAAGAAUCAUCUGAGCAAGCAUCGCAACGAGAAAGAUAGCUAUGAGUCUGAAUCAAAUUCUGAUGCUGAGUUUCACACAUUGCCUGAAAUUUCUGGAAUAAAGAAAUUAAGAAAGGAUUUCACUUCUGAUUGUUCUGGGCAUUUUCAAAUGCAAGAAACAGACUAUGAGGAACCUGAAAAUGCUAAGCUGAGGCCAUUCUCUAGCAGGAUGGAAAAUGCUCAUAGAAUCAUAAGGCCAGUAGUAUGCGGAAAAUAUGGUGAAAUAUCUAGUGGAAAAUUGUCUAUAGAAGUGCCAAAGCCUGCAAAAAUUGUCUCUCUCUGCAAGGUUCUCAAAGCUGCCAAAAGAUGUAUGGUCCCUACUAAUGGAAAACCUAGGGUGACUUCAAAAAAGAAAUGGAAGAGAUUGAACUUUGGAACAAGUAGUGGGCACUGCAGUGGCAAAUCUGGUAAAACUAUGGAAGACAAUGAAACCGUAAAUACAAUAAUUUGUAAUGAAACAAAUGUUGAUAUGUCUAUGGAACAUUUGGAGAUGGGCAGCAAGCCACUUGUUAUCUGCGAAGGGAAGAAAGAUACUAAAUCUAAGGUAUGUGAUAGUAUUGUAAAUCGAGCCAAUGCUCCAUUGAAGGUGAAGAGCAAGGAAAUUCGGAAACAGCGUAGCAUUUAUGAACUCACUGUUAAAGAAACCAAAAUGAAGGAUAUUUUGAAGUAUGCUGAAGAUAGGGAGCAUGGUUUGUGCAACUCAAAAAGUAGAAACUAUGUUCAAGAACACAUGAGCAUCUCCAUCAUAAAUUCAGAUGCUUUCUGCUGUGUGUGUCGAAGCUCGAGCAAUGAUAAAAUUAACUGUUUGUUGGAGUGUGGUCGAUGUCUAAUUAGAGUGCAUCAGGCUUGCUAUGGUAUUUCCACAUUACCUAAAAAAGGCCAUUGGUGUUGCAGACCAUGCCGAACAAACUCAAAAGAUAUUGCUUGUGUCCUAUGUGGUUAUGGAGGUGGAGCCAUGACUCGAGCGAUACUGAGUCGCACCAUUGUAAAAAGCCUCCUAAAAGCUUGGAAUAUUGAAAAAGAUGGCAUGCCUGGGCAUACAAAUUCACAUGAGGUUUAUGAAAAGGAAGUAGAUGCAUUUCAUUCCUCAAAAUCUGGACUUGAAGCUGACCAAAGAUGUGUUUUAAGGCUUGAAAAUGUUGAUAAAUCAACAACAGAUCUGUUGAAAGUUGAGAUGCCUACAAAUCACAUACAACACACUCUGUACUCUGGUACUUAUUUUAAGGUACAUAACAGCGUUACAGCCGGAGUUUUUGAUACAACUGUUAAGCAGUGGAUUCAUAUGGUUUGUGGGCUUUGGACUCCUGGAACAAGAUGCCCCAAUGUUGACACCAUGAAUGCUUUUGAUGUAUCUGGUGUUUCAUGUCCAAGAGCAGACGUGGUUUGUUCCAUUUGCAAUCGAUCAGGCGGUUCUUGUAUAGAGUGCAGGAUUGUUGAUUGCUCUGUCAAGUUUCAUCCUUGGUGUGCUCAUCAGAAGAACCUGUUGCAAAGUGAGACUGAGGGUGUUGAUGAUGAGAAGGUUGGAUUUUAUGGAAGAUGUGUGCUUCAUGCUAUUGACCCUCAAUGUCAGUCCACAUGUGAUCCUAAUGACGAGAAGGGCAACAGUCCAGAAGAAAAGGAAUUCACCUGUGCCAGGACACAGGGUUACAAGGGUCGGAGAUGGGAUGGUUUUCAGAAUAAUCGUUACAGUGCCUUGAAAGACAAGGGUGGAUGCCUUGUUCCUGAGGAGCAGUUAAAUGCUUGGAUUCACAUUAAUGGGCAGAAAAUGUGUUCGCAGGGACUCCCAAAAUUUCCUGAUUUAGAGAUUGAGCAUGAUUGUCGGAAGGAAUAUACUCGGUACAAACAAGCAAAGGGUUGGAGACACCUUGUUGUAUACAAAUCCGGGAUACAUGCCCUUGGUCUUUACACUUCUCGGUUCAUUUCCCAGGGUGAAAUGGUUGUUGAGUAUGUUGGAGAAAUUGUAGGGCUACGUGUGGCUGAUAAAAGAGAAAACGAAUAUCAAUCUGGAAGGAAACUUCAAUACAAGAGUGCCUGCUACUUCUUCAGGAUAGACAAAGAACAUAUUAUUGACGCCACAAGGAAAGGGGGGAUUGCUCGUUUUGUUAAUCACUCAUGCCUGCCAAAUUGCGUGGCAAAAGUGAUUACUGUAAGGCAUGAGAAGAAGGUUGUCUUCUUCGCAGAGAGGGACAUAUUUCCUGGUGAAGAGAUAACAUAUGAUUACCACUUUAACCACGAAGAUGAAGGAAAGAAGAUUCCAUGUUAUUGUAAUUCAAAAAAUUGCAGGCGCUAUUUGAACUGACUAGUAAUUGUAAAUAAUAUGUAUGAUUUGUUAACGUGCACAUUCCCAUGGGUAUUAAAUUGUGACCAAUGUUGUAGUGUUCAUGGCGCUUAAACAUAUUGCCUCUCUUUACACAGAAAAUUGCAAUGUGUACAA